GGGGGGAAGGGGGGUGCACGAGCGCGUAGACACCUGGGUAAACUUGUGCGCUUUGACUACUACCCGUGAAUCGAAAAUGAACAACCAUUUCGAUGCCGAGCAACCAACUAAUCCAACCAAUGUUACCAAGGCCAAUACAAUUGAUUACUUUUGCGUAAUAACGUCAACAUUAAUUGUCCACGCGGAAUCUGCUGGGUCAUUGGGUUUACUUUUCUGCCCAAGGUCUGGCUGCAUCCCACCACCCCCGGGCUGUAGUAUCCUUGCUGCCAGAUUAAAAUCGCUGUGCUAUUGGAAUUUGUGUGUUUUAGUUAAGACGUGCUUGUCACUUCUUCCUCUGGCAUUUGAGCUUUGAAUCUGUCUGCCAGAGAAAGGACUAUGAAGAGGUUAACACAUUUCACCACGGAAGUUUCUUCCCUCUUGACCGAGUAAUCGAACGUUAGUGAUGCACCCAAAGAGGAGUUCAAUGGAUUUUAUGCGCGUUUCGUGGAGGUUCUAAAUCCUGCAGAUCACCAAUUUUGCAGGACGUCCCAAGAAAACAACAACACAUUAAUUGACGGCUCUAAUUUUUGAACGUAACUUUUUUUUUUUGGUAGGAUACUCUCAUCAUGACGAUUCUAUUAUCUCGGACUCAACUUGCCCUGUUUUUCAUUCUCCUAUGUCCGGUCAAUAUCAUUGGGUUAUGGUGCACAGCUUUACUAUUUCUCUCCACACCUGAAAUGUCUUUUUUUGCACAACUAUGUGGUGUCAAGUAACCAAACUGCCUGAUAGAAGAACACAUUCAUUUAAAUGUAGUGCUACUUCUAGGGCAGUGGGGAGCCCUCUGGUUAUGGAUCCCAACAGUAUCUGCAGGAAGACCAAGCGAUUAGCGGGCAAGCAGGCCGAGCUUUGCCAGACCCAGCCAGAGAUCGUCCACGAGGUCGCCAAGGGUGCCAAGCUGGGUGUGCGGGAGUGCCAGUACCAGUUUCGCUUUCGCCGCUGGAACUGCACCAGUCAGAACAAGUACUUUGGCAAAAUACUCCAACAAGACAUCCGGGAGACAGCGUUUGUGUACGCCAUCACGGCGGCUGGGGUGACCCACGCGGUAACGCAGGCCUGCAGUAUGGGGGAGCUGCUGCAGUGUGGCUGUGAGGCGACCAGGAGCAGGGCUCCCCCCCGGCCUGCCUCCUUCUCCACCACCACCUCUGUCGAAGGAGUCAAGUGGGAGUGGGGCGGCUGCGGAGACGACGUGGAGUUUGGCUACGAGAAGUCCAAGCAGUUCAUGGAUGCCAAGAGGAAAAAGGGCAAGAGUGACAUCAGGACGUUGAUCGAUCUCCACAACAACGAAGCAGGACGACUGGCGGUGAGGAAUUAUAUGAGGACUGAAUGUAAAUGUCAUGGCCUGUCCGGGUCUUGCACACUCCGAACCUGUUGGAAAAAGAUGCCUCACUUUCGGGAGGUGGGUGAUCGCCUGCUGGAGAGGUUUAAUGGAGCUUCCAAGGUGAUGGGAGGCAACGAUGGCAAGACCCUGAUUCCUGUGGGCCAGAACAUCAAGCCUCCGGACAAACAGGACCUGAUCUACUCGGCCGAAUCGCCCGACUUCUGCUCACCCAACAGGAAGACAGGCUCGCUGGGCACGCGGGGCCGCAUGUGCAACAGCACAGCCAUGGACGUGAGCGGCUGUGACCUGCUGUGCUGUGAGCGUGGCUACCGAGAUGAGACGGUAGUGUUCGAGGAGAACUGUCUCUGCCGCUUCCACUGGUGCUGCGUGGUGCAGUGUAAGAAGUGCUCGGUGAGGAAAGAGCUCAGUCUCUGUCACUAGCAUUACCACAGAGGAACUUGGUUGGUUUCAGGCCUCUUCAGCCUCACAGGAAUGAUGCACUGAGAUCAGGCUCCCACAGUUCACUUCAGGAGCACGCUGAAAGAUGAAUGUCUUAUCUAGGAUCAUCUUGGACAGACAGCUGGAGGAACUCUCCUCUCAAGCUGUAGAACGGUCCAGAAUGGCCACUACUUCAGUGCUCACCACAUAGAGCUCUAUGACCCUGAACUUAGGCUCUUUUUAAAAGUUACAUUUCAGCUCCCAGAACUUUCUAGAGCAGAAUGCUGGGUCCCAUGUCAUAUAAGACAAUCAGAAAGUUUGGUACUAUUCUCAGUCAUCUGUACAGAGCUGUUAGCCUCUAAAGCAGUGGUUCCCAAACACGUUUGCACAGUGAACCACCCACCACAGGUCUUUAGAAUUAGCCAUUGACCCAGAAAAUAGCAUAACAACUGUUUCUAGCCUCAAACCCAAUGCUAGGACCCACUAAGAACAUGGGGCCUACAACCCACCAUUAGGGAAAAACUUUGCAUCGUCAGUUAACCAUGUAUCUACGAGGGGUGACUAUUGUAAAGAAAACAUAAUGACUUGUGCAUGUGGAAAAUACAGUCAUGGUGAUAAAAUAUUUUCCUAUGUAACAUAAAUGUCCUUCAUGUGAAAGGUAAAUGGACAUGCUCAACAUGGAAUACAGGUUUUUUGUAUCUAGCACAAAAUGUAUAAAAAAGGGAAAUGUGGGGUUGUGUUUUUGGAAGACGAACCGAACCCCAUCUUGUUUCAUGGUGAGGAGCUGAACUGACAUCCGAGACUAUUAUUUAUGAACAUUUUUAUGACAAGACUACUCAUAGUGAUAAGGUGAGGAACGUGCCUACCGUCUCUCUGAAAAGCACUUUGGAUGUUGGAGCUAUCUAUGUAAGCCAUUUGUUACAUUUCUGGUUUUGUUUGUUUGAGUAGUUUGCAAAUGGAAAAAUAUGUUCAGAUUUUUUUUUCUUUUCUUUGUUGUAUGGUGCAGUAUCGAGAAAGUAUGAUAUUAUGUUUAUCUGUUUAACAUAAAGGGCUUUUGUAAUGCACUUUCAAUUAAAGCAUUUGUUACGUUAAGCUUUGUUAGGUAUAGUCAUGUUGUGCAGAAUAGCCAGUCACAAUCACAUACAAUGCUGACAAUGAAUCCAUACAUUGGUCUCUUUGAUAAGUCAACUUGCUGAAGUGAGUUGGGAGUUAGAAAGACCAUUUAUUUUUACUCUCUCCCUAAAUUCUUUAGAAUAGGCAAAUAAGAUCUCCUUGCUUGUUUUUUUUUUUUUUGGGGGGGUGAAUAAAACAUUCACUGUGAUUAAUAAUAAUAACGAUUCCUCAUGAGUUGUGUUGGUACCCAAACACGCUGUACAUUUUCUGUUGAUGUGCAUAGCUAUAAGUUAUUGAAAUGUACUGUGUCGUACCCUUCUUUUAGAGUACGUUUUUUUGUUGCUACUUACCUUUCAGGGAUCUGUAAGACAAGAAACCAUUGGCAAAACAAAGAGAGAGUACGAUGAGAGAUCACAUCGCUAUAAUUUAUUGCCAAUAUACCAUGGUUUAUGACCAGAUGAUUUCUGGCCAGAGUUCAUAGUUCAUAUUGUUACCAUGACAGUGACUACACACUGCACAGGAUCACUCUAUUCUCAGAGCUACUAGCUCUAUCUGUGGAAUCAGCAACAUUUUGUGUUUAAUUUAAUCUAAAUACAGUUUUUGUACAAAAAGAAUAUCACUUUAAGGGAGAAAGACUUGGUAAAACUGAACUAUUCUGACUGAGAUUUACUAAAAUAUUAGGCAUUCUUUACAUACAGUUAUGUUUAGCAGUAGAAAUGGUCACUUUACCAUGUUAUUAAGUUUGGGUUGUAGUCGACCAAAUUAUGAAAUCAGACCAAAUGUGACAUUUCAUAUGUGAGAUAUAUGCAUGACUAAGCAAGGUCUUGGCCUAUCCAUUCCCCAUAGAACAACUUUUGGACUUGUUGGGCUGCCAGGAGCGUUUUACUGUUACUGUAUGUAUGUUUAAACAGCCCUUGUCAAAAUGGAAGAAGGUUGUUUUGUUGCUUUCUGGAUUCAAAGCAAGACACAAGUUUAGAAAACAGGAUUUUGUCAUGGAAUGUUGAAUGAUUUAAAGAUCAUUCCCCAGCAUUUGUUUGGAUUCUUAGACAUCAUUUUGACAUUCUCAUACUUAGUUGUUCAUUGAUUAAACUUGUAUUAUUCUACAAAGUUCAUUUCAUGUCCAUUUAGUUACUUUCCAGUUACAGUAUUUAUAUAAAUUUAAAUAAAUUGGCAAUUGAGUUUCUGCAUUUACUAUACAAAUAAAAAGUAAACUGUUCACUCUAGUUUUCAUUUAUUUGUAUUUUUUGUUUUCUGGUCUGUGUAGCAAUGAAUUCAAAUGUCUUUUUUUUUGUCUCGUUUUAGUGCCUUUUUUUGUUAGACCAAGACAAAGCAGAGAUUUGAAUGCAUAACCCUUUAUAAACGAGUAGAUUUAUAGAAACGUA